AUGGCGCCCGGCAAGAAGAAGGUGGCCAGCAUGGUCUAUUAUGAGCUGAUGGGUAUCGAGGCGGACGCUACACCAGAGCAGAUCAAGAAGGCGUAUCGCAGGAAGGCGCUGCAGCUCCAUCCAGACAAGCGCGGCAACACGCCCGAGUCGCAGGAAGAGUUCACACGCAUGAAGCAGGCGAGAUGUCCAUCCUGCUGUUCCGCUCUAUGGGCGCGUUCGGCGCCAGAGGCAAAGUGUGUUCUCAUUCUUCUAGUGUCGCUGCUCUUCGCCUUCUUCCUGCUCAUCCCCAUUUUCUGGUGUCUCCGUGCGGACUCCACCAUCUCGUGGAACUGGGCUGUGGUCUGCAUCCCUCUCUGGAUCGUGGACGCCAUUUAUUACUGCUGCUUGGGCUGCAUGCUCGCGUCCUCGGACCCUGGAGCGGACCCCGACGAGAAAGUUACGGAGAAACCGGCGCUCUACAAGCUCUACGCGUUCCUCAAGGCGCUGCUACUACUCGUUCUGCAGGUUUUCUUAGCCCUCAAGCUCAAUGGAGACUUGAGCUGGACUCUCAUCGAGGUGUUGAUCCCGUACUUUGUGUACGACGGUCUCAACCUCCUGGAAGCUCUCGCUGGAGGCCUACUGGGCUACAAAAUGCUCACCAAGAACAGCGAAGGCGCUGGUGUGUCACACACAGAAGACAUCAAGAAACAGCGCUCAAUUCUCGUGGUGGCAGUGCUCAGGAAGGUGAUUUUGAAUCUCGCGCGUGUCACACAAGGUGUGCUGGUAGGGCUCAAGGUGGACGGUAGUCUGGACGCCAGCUGGUGGGUCGUGUUCGUCCCCGUGUGGCUCUACGUCGCGUUCUUCGUGUCGUUCCCCAUCAAGAAAUAUAUCCGCGCUAAGGCCAAGGCGAAGGAGCCCAAGGCGAGCUCUCCUAGACCGCAACACACACACGACGCGUACACCCGCGAGUCGGUCACCGAGGAAGAAGACGAGGCCGUGUCCAAGUUCCCGCUACUGGACGCUUUGUGUACGAUUCUUGUCAUUGGAGCGCUCACGUCGCCGUUUUUCAUCCUGUCGGCGAGGCUUCAAGACGGCUCCUUUUCCAGUAUCUACGUGCUGCUGCCGUGGCUCAUUGUGGUCGGACUCGUGUUUUGCUUUAUUUGCUGCGCGAUCUCGUGCGUCAGCUUCAACGACCCCGAGGACGGCGGUGUACCGGACCAGCCAGCACCGGAACACUCUCGGAGCUCCCCAUCGGCGGAGGAAGGUGCGGCUGCACGUGCAGAUUACGUGUCUGUGGACAUGGAUUGAGCGCACGGGAGCGCAGUGGGCAGCGUUUAUGGCUGUAGACCAUAAACGCGCCUUCUGCUAGGUUUGCUUACGAUCGCUAGUUUAUUAAUGGAUCGAUUUUGUGGUG